UAAGAAGCUAUUUAUUUGUAUUUAUUCCUUAUUUAUUAACUUCUUAAGGCUUUCUUGAAAUGUUUUUCAUUCCAAACACUCCUUUUUCUUACCUGUCUUCUUUUUUCUUCAUCAUUUCUCUUCCCUUCUCUCUGUCGUUCUACCUCCCUGACUCCAACCCACUGUUAUCCUUUAAUAAUCAAGUCAGAGAAGGGCAUCUCUACACAGAUAACCAUAGACGAGGGAUGUAUCUGCAGAUGACCUCUGAUGGGAGCGUAACAGGGAGUGAUGCUCAGACUCCUUACAGUGUCCUGCAGCUGAAAUCAGUUAAACCAGGACACAUAGUCAUCAAGGGACUGUCAUCAUCCCUGUUCCUCUGUGUGGACAGCAGAGGCCACCUGAGAGGCCAGAGUCAGUACACAGAGUCUGACUGCACCUUCAAAGAGCUGCUGCUGGCUGAUGGAUACACCCGCUUCCUGUCCUCACACUAUGGAUUUCCAGUGUCGCUGGCGUCAAAACAUACCACUGAUCGAAACUCAGUCCCUUUCACUCGAUUCCUACCAAUCAGGAAUACUUUGACUGGCGAGAGUGUGACUGAGCGACCAACAAACACUGAGAUAACUUUCAACAUGGACUCUGGUGACCUUCUUGGAAUGGGUCUAAACUCAAUGGUCAGUCCUCAGUUUUCAGUGGACAAGUAA